AUGUUCCCCAAAGGCAAAGGCACCCCGGUGCCGUCGGACGGCCAAGCACGGGAAAAGUUGGCUCUAUACGUCUAUGAGUAUUUGUUACACAUAGGAGCACAGAAGUCUGCACAGACCUUUUUAUCAGAGAUCCGAUGGGAAAAAAACAUAACACUGGGAGAACCCCCUGGAUUCCUACAUUCCUGGUGGUGUGUAUUUUGGGACUUAUAUUGUGCUGCUCCGGAGAGGAGAGAGACAUGUGACCACUCCAGCGAAGCGAAAGCCUUCCAUGAUUAUAGUGCAGCAGCAGCUCCGAGUCCUGUAAUGGGAGGGAUGCCCCCUGGUGAGGGGAUGCCAGGAGGACCCAUGCCACCUGGCUUUUUCCAGGGUCCUCCUGGUCCCCAGGGCUCUCCUCACCCUCAGCCUCCUCCCCCUAACAGUAUGAUGGGACCUCACAGUCAGUCCUUCAUGUCGCCUCGCUUCGCUGGAGGUCCAAGAGGCCCACCCAUUAGGAUUGGCAACCAGCCACCAGGUGGAGGGCCUGGUCCUCAUCCCAUGCUGCCCAAUAUGGACCCUACACGACCACAAGGCCAUCCUAACUUGGGGCCAAUGCAGCGGAUGAGUGGUCCCCGAGGUAUGGGGCCCAUGGGACCUGGCCCCCAGAACUUCGGUGGUGGGAUGAGGCCUCCACAUAACACCAUGGGUCCUGGUAUGCCAGGAGUGAACAUGGGCCCAGGGACUGGUCGGCCAUGGCCCAAUCCCAACAAUGCCAACUCUAUGCCUUACUCAUCACCUUCUCCUGGCGCAUACGGGGGGGCAUCUGGAGGAGGUGGGCCUCCAGGCACUCCCAUCAUGCCCAGCCCUGCAGACUCAAACAACUCUGGUGACAAUUUGUACACCAUGAUCAACACUGGACCUGGCAACCGAAAUAAUUUCCCUAUGGGCCCCGGCUCUGACGGACCCCUGGGAGCCAUGGCUGGGAUGGAACCACAUCACAUAAACGGGUCACUAGGCUCUGGUGAUAUGGAUGGAAUGAACAAGAAUUCCCCAAACAAUUUAAGUGGCAUUAGCAAUCCUCCUGGGACCCCAAGGGAUGAUGGGGAGCUUAGUGGAAACUUCCUUCACUCCUUUCAGAGCGAGAACUACUCUCCAACCAUGACGAUGAGUGUGUGACCCCCCCACCCCCACCCAAACCAACAUUAUUUGCCAUCAUUCCGAGGAUCUGAACUCACAACAGGACACGGCCAAACACAUCAGCAUCGAAUCAGGGACAGAUGGGCGCCAUUUUUGGUUCCACACUCAUGCCAGAAUGCUGAUCCGGGAGGGGGAAAACCAAAAUGGCUGGCGACUACUGCUCCUUGCUCAAAAUGAAGGACAAUUUUUCUCCAUUAACCACAUCCCCCAAAGUGUGACAAAACCAGCUACUGAAACGCAUACAUGACACGUUUUCUGUUCGCAGGGCCCCGCCCCACUCCCUGCCCAUCCAAUCUCCUCAGUCCCAGAGCGAAGAGAGAAAAAAAAAGGUUGAAGUUUACCUCUUGUACUUUUUAAUUAUUGCUUUGUGGUGCAAGAUGUGCAGGAAAUGUCUCCGCUUUUUGUCACUUAAAACACUGGAGAGUGUGCAUAUGCAUUGUGAGCUUGGAAAGUCUUUGUCUUGUCAUUUUACUUCUCACCACAACAAAAGUCAGUUGACAUAGGACUCAGAAUUUGCCUUUUACUGUGCGGCCACCUUUAUGAAUAAUGUAUUCUUCCUAACGCCCACCCUGCUAUUUAAAGAGGUUUUUAAGGGGGGAAAAAAAGAUGUGAAAGAAUACUGCUUUUAUUGUGACAACCUUCCGCAGUAUGUAAGUGCUCAGAUGGUUCUUACACCGUCUAAUUGAUCCCAUUUUUGAUCAAUUCCAGUCUCUUUAUCGUUGACAGCAACACUGCGCUCUCCGCUGUUUCAUAUCAACAGCUGGACCGCUGUUGCGUUCUGUCAAGGGAAGCCAGACUUCGGCGUUAAGAAGCGAGUGCAUGAAUGCUGAGAAUCUGUGUACAACAUACUACCUAGUGCUGCUCUUUUCUGUGUGGACACCUGCUUUAAGAUGUGGUGUAAUAUCUCUUUACAUGCCUGUGCUUAACACUCUGUGCUCUUCAUUGUCGUAGACUUCUGUGUUAUUUCCAGUCUGGUCGGUUUCUGUUCAAACGGCUUUGAAUGAGCUGCCCGUUUUAAUCCCUCAUGCCUAUUGGUUGUUCACUUUUUCCCUCCUGCAUCAUCGGACAUCCCCUUGGCGCUGCCCCUUCUUGCCCACCUACACAUUUUUUUAUAUUUUGAUACAAUCUUUGACUACGUAUAUUGCCCCAGUUAUUCAGAGUUAGUCAAAGCUUUCUAAACUGAUUCUAGUAGGCAUCAUUAUAAACUUAGCAGCAGUCUUGUAAAUGUGAUGAGAAUUUCUGUUUCAUUUUGUUUUCUCCUGUGAACAUUACGCAUUAUACACAUCUAUGUUGCCUUUAUUUGCUGAUAUUUUUUUAUUUCAAAUUGAGGAAAGAUUGCUUGUUAAUAUAAUUUUACAAUAACUUAA